AUGCUUGUAUAUGAUAUAACAAGUGAAAAAAGUUUUGAUAAUAUUAAAAAUUGGAUACGUAAUAUUCAAGAACAUGCUUCAGCUGAAGUUGAACGAAUGCUUAUAGGAAAUAAAUGUGACAUGCAAGAUAAACGACAAGUUAGUCGAGAAAAGGGUGAAAAUCUUGCUAAUGAAUAUGGUAUUAAAUUUAUGGAAACCAGUGCAAAAGGAAAUAUUAAUGUAGAUGAAGCAUUUUUUUCACUGGCCAAAGAUAUUAAAGCAAAAAUUGAUAAAAAAGCUGGUUCUGAUCUAUUGAAUAAACCGGCAGUAAUAAAACCCAAAGUAGAUUUACAAAAAAAAAGUGGUACAUCGUUUUGGUCUCGUUGCUCAAUAUUUUAA